AUGGCACGUUCUAUUCAAAAAUUCAAUAAGUUAUUUAAUAAUCUAUUUGAUAAAAGGUGUAUUUCGACCAGAAUUAGGACAAUAACUCAACAGGCCUCAUCUACAGCCGAGGAUGUUGACACACACUUUGGAUUUAAGAGGGUGAAGCAAAGUGAAAAACCUCAGAAAGUUUAUGAAGUUUUCGAAAAGGUAGCUAUAGACUAUGAUAAAAUGAACGAUGUAAUGUCUUUGGGCAUUCAUCGCCUUUGGAAAGAUUAUUUUAUGUGUAGUUUAUCGCCUACAGAUAAUACAAAAUUACUAGAUGUUGCAGGGGGGACAGGGGAUAUUUCAUUUAGAUUUUUAAACUUUUUAAAAACUAAUAAUCUCAAGAAUUGUCAUGUUACUGUGUGCGACAUCAAUCCACACAUGCUUGAAGUUGGAAAAGUUAGAAGCGAAAAACUCAAUUAUGAUCAAAAUCUAAUAUCAUGGAAGGAAGGUAAUGCUGAAGAGUUAGAUUUUGAAGACAAUAGUUUUAAUGCUUAUACUAUAUCAUUUGGGAUUCGAAAUUGUACACAUAUCCAUAAAGUUCUUGCUGAAGCUUACAGAGUGCUCAAACCAGGAGGAAGGUUCAUGUGUUUGGAGUUUAGUCAUUUAGAAUAUUCGUAUGCUCAGUGGCUUUAUGAUCAAUACAGUUUUCAAGUAAUUCCUGUAUUAGGCCAAGUGCUUGCAGGAAAGUGGCAACCAUAUCAGUAUUUGAUAGAAAGCAUUAGGCAAUUUCCCACACAGGAAAAUUUUAAGCUAAUGAUUGAAGAAGCAGGAUUCAGGCAAGUAUCCUAUGAGAAUCUAACUCUUGGUAUGGUAGCCAUUCAUACAGGAUUUAAAUUAUAA